GCAGUCAUGGACACAGGAAGUGAAAUUUUGAUGAUUGGUUUCACUGCCCUGGCUGCGGCUUUUUGCUUGUUUGUAUUUGGAUUAAUGUUCUCUAAGAUAAAGAACAUUGAAAUUCCUCCUGGACUUAGCAAUGGUAGAGAACUUUACAUUGUGCAAUGCUUUACGGUGGGAAUAGAGGUCGUGGGUCAAAUCCUAGAGCGCCUGGGUUUCUGUAAUGAAGCGCAGUUUAUUCAGUGGUGUACGAAUCGAGGAUUUGCUCAUAAAAGGCCCCCUCCUGCCGGUCUCCGGGUUAAAGACUUGACAUUUGCUGGAGUGCCAGUGAGGAUCUAUGAGCCCACAGCUGUCUCAGAGAACAAAAGACGAGGACUUGUAUAUUUUCAUGGAGGAGGAUGGGUCAUGUGCAGCAUCGAAUUGUACGAUGAACUUUGCUGGCACAUUGCAAAAGAGACUGAUACUGUGGUCGUGUCUGUUGGUUACAGACUCGCUCCUGAGCACCGGUUUCCUGCAGCACUAGAUGACUGCGAACUCACUACGCGUCAUUUCCUGUCUGUGGCGGCUGAGUUCAAUGUGGACCCGCUCCGUGUGGCACUGGGAGGAGACAGUGCAGGCGGUAAUUUGGCAGCUGCUGUCAGCCAGAGGCUGGCUACAAGCCCGGAUGGGCAUCUGCCAUCGCCCUGUGGCCUCGUCCUCAUCUACCCAGCUCUGCAGAUGGCCGACUUUAACCUGCCCUCUUAUCGGCAGAACUACGCUGUUCCCCUAUUGUCCCGCGAACGUAUGGUCUUCUACUUCCUUCAGUACCUAAAUGGUGACAUGUCUGUGUGCCAGGAUGUGCUGGAGGGUAGACAUGUUCCUGCUGAGUUAAAACUGCACUACAGCAAGUGGCUCAAUACCUCAAACCUCCCACCUGAAUUUCAAGAUGGUGGAAAGCAGGUGGCAACAACCCACGAUGGUGAAGUGUAUAACAUAGUUAAAGAUGGUCUUGAGCCAGGGAUUUCACCUUUGCUGGCUGAGGAUGAAGUGCUCCGUCUCACGCCACCUACUUUUAUCCUAACCUGUCAGUAUGAUGUGCUGAGGGAUGAUGGGAUUCUGUACAUGAAGAGGCUACAGGAUCUGGGAGUCAAGGUCACAUGGCAUCACAUUCCUGAUGGCUUCCAUGGCAUUAUGUUCUUUAUCAGAAAGAGCUGGUUGAGCUUCCCUAGUGGACUAAGGGCCAUGGAGGACAUUGUCAGUUACAUAAAGACACUCUAAGACCUGAAU